AUGUCAUUCAAACCGCACGAGUCAGAUUCACGGUUGUGGCCCUACGUCUACCCCAGUAAAUACUCAGAAGCUCCAAAACUACAGGAAGAGGAAAGGUGGAAAGACGAGAGGCAGCGAGAACGAGACAGGAAAGGGAAAGAAGAGAGGCUACGACCAAAGGAGGGACUCCAGAAAGAGGAGGUGAAGGAUGGCCAAGAGGGCAGGACACAGCUGCCCCUGGAGGAGCACCGAGGGGAAGGGAAGGAGCCACGACCCCCCCACAUACAGUUUCCAUCUUCUCUGGCCCAGCACCAGGGAUACAUGCAGUACAUGCAUGGACCUUAUGCCUACAGCCAGGGCUACGAGCCCAGCCACCCUGGGUACAGAGGCAUGCCCUCGGUUAUGAUGCAAAAUUAUCCAGGCCUCUCCUCCUCAGCCAUUGUUGCCAGUCAGCAAGCAUCUGCCCCAUCUAUGUACCCUCCUGCACGAAGGCACACCUGACUGACUGAUCUCCAUCCCUCUCAAAGUCAUGUGAAUGGGUCACAUGAGGAAGCAUUUCUGUUGUAACAUCAGCUCAAUGGUGUUUUGUGUAUGUUUGAUAUCUCUGCCUGGAUGUCCAGUUGCCCUUUGCUGGACUGGACUGGACCAAAAGGAUUGAAGCCCUCAUUCUGCUGGUCCUGCUGGUUCCAGGCGGUACUAUUGGUGCUCAAGUGUGUGGGCAGCAGAGAUUUUGGCUCAAAGACUGAGGACAAAGUGGACCUGGUGGGUGGAGACACAAGGAGAUGCUGAUGGUUGUUGGUGCUGGUGGGACAUAGGGUGGGUCUGACAGUUCUGAGCUGCUGUG